AACACAUAAACAUUGUGCUAGAUCCUGGUUGCAUAUUUCUGCGGUCCUCGAUGCGCGUGAACUGACAGAGACGCUUGAUUAUGAAAUCAUCAGUGAAGCCCCGCUGUUUCACACUGAGGUAUAAAUGGAGGUCGGAGUCAGCUCCAAAUGGGUUGGGCCUUGUUAAUAUGCUCUACAUGGUACCAAACCCAACCCUAAACCAGAGCCAUGGCUCUGCCCUAAUCCUACCCUCCCACUUAGAGCUGUCCCAACCAGAGCCUCUAUGGCUAUGGUAAGUUCCUCCCACUUUGAGGUAAGUCCCUCCCACUUGGAGGUCUCCAGGCUGCAGCGAUAUAUAGCCUACUUGAAUCUUUCUACAGCUUCUUUGUGAUUUUAUGUAAAAAACGCACAAUAAUUAGCCUAAUUUAACAUUUUUCUGUUUCAGUAAUUUUAAAAUUACUGUUUGAUGAGUGCACAUCAAUUACAUAUCAAACAGCAAACAGUAAUUGAGUACGUAAUGGCAGGGUCCUUUUAAGGAUAUCGUUUGGUGGGCUUGACUCUAAAAAUCUUGCACAAGAGGGCAGCAAAGCUCAUGUGUGAGGGAGGAAGUUCAGUCUCUCUCCCAGAAUCCCUGCUCUUUGUUUCUACACUGGAUGGAAGUCUGCAUGCCGUCAGUAAACAGACAGGAGACAUCAAAUGGACACUAAAGGAAGAUCCCAUCAUACAGGUUCCUACCUAUUUCCAAGAGCCAGGCUUUUUACCGGAUCCCAAUGAUGGCAGUCUGUAUGUACUAGGAGGCAAGCGCAAAGAGGGUCUGAUGAAACUCCCGUUCACUAUUCCAGAACUGGUCCAGUCUUCUCCCUGCAGGAGCUCUGAUGGGGUGCUCUACACGGGUAAAAAACAGGACACUUGGUUUGUGGUUGAUCCUCAGACAGGUGAAAAACAGACAAGUCUAAGCACCUCCUCUUCAGACUCCAUUUGCCCUUCUGCCCCUCUGCUGUACAUUGGUCGCACAGAAUAUAUGAUCACCAUGUAUGAUACGAAGACUCAGGAACUCCGCUGGAAUGCCACCUACAACGACUACUCCGCACCUCUCUAUGAUGACAAAAAAUAUGAAUAUAAGAUGUCACACUUUGCGUCCAGCGGGGACGGUCUGGUGGUUACGGUGGAUCGGGACUCUGGUGAGGUGUUGUGGAUGCAGAAGUUUGAGUCUCCAGUGGCAGGGUUUUAUUUAUGGAGUCAGGACAGUCUGCGGCGAGCUCCUCAUCUGACGGUCGCAACAGAAACCCUGCGUUACCUGACCUUCACUGCAGAAAACACACAGUCCCACACCAUGAAGUGGACCUACCAGUUCACAAAGGAGAACCACAGCACUAAGACUCAGCUAGUUCCUACUCUGUAUGUUGGCAAGACGGACUCUCAUCUGUAUGCUUCUACCUCUCUUGUGCACCAAGGUGUGGCAAUAGUGCCAAAAGGUCUUACACUUGCACGCAUUGAGGGGCCAAUCACCACUGGCGUCACAAUGGGUAGUGGGCGGCCCGAGUGUGAGAUCACUCCCAGCACUGACGUGAAAUAUCCACCAGGAAGCAGCAAUUCCCUGCAGAAUCAGUGGCUGCUGAUUGGUCACCAUGAAGUCCCUCCAUUGGCUCACACCACCAUGUUGAGAGAUUUCCCAGAGAACCUGCAGCGCUCUGGUGAUGUCAUCCCACCCCGAGGUUCUGGUUCUUCUUUCCGUUCUCCCUCUCAACCAUUGCCACCGGUAACAAAGUACAGCUCCUCCUCUGUGUUGCCAGACUCCUUGACCUCUGACCCCAUGACCGUGCUGGUGGUGACUCUGCUGCUGGGAGCGUGGGUUGCCUUCCUGCUAACACACAAAAGGCCUGUCAAAAAAUCCCAGAGAUCUGAAGAGCCAGUGGACUCUAACCCUCUGACGGUGUUGACCAAUCAGAGCGCUAACACAGAACCCAGUGCUCCGCCCUCAACCUCGUCUUACAACAACAACAGCCAUUCAGAGAAGACUAGUUCUGUGGCAUCCAAUCAAACUAAGCCAUUCUCAAGCAAAGACUCCGCCCCAAUAACGACAGCUGGCCAAUCACAGAGUGAUCAGCCUGACGUUGUGGAAGUUGGUAAAGUCUCUUUCAGUCCUGCUGAGGUGUUGGGCCAUGGGACAGAGGGAACCUUUGUGUUCCGGGGUCAUUUUGACGGUCGGCGUGUGGCGGUAAAGCGUAUCCUUCCAGAGUGUGUGGAGUUUGCAGAGCGAGAGGUUCAGCUCCUCCGUGAAUCAGACGAGCAUCCCAACGUCAUCCGUUACUUCUGCACAGAGCGGGACAGACAGUUCACUUACAUUGCCAUAGAGCUGUGUGCUGCUACACUCCAGCAGUAUGUGGAGGACCCAAGCUGUCCUUAUUCAGACCUGAACCCAGUGUCCCUGCUGGACCAGACCAUGUGUGGCCUCAGUCACCUGCACUCCCUCAAUAUUGUUCACAGGGAUUUAAAGCCACGGAAUAUUUUGCUCUCUCUCCCGGGGGCAUUGGGUCGAGUCCGGGCACUGAUCUCAGAUUUCGGCUUGUGUAAGAAGCUUCCAGAUGGUCGCCAUAGUUUCAGCCUACGCUCUGGAAUACCAGGAACUGAAGGCUGGAUUGCCCCUGAAUUACUCCUAAAUACUCCAAAAGGGAACCCUACAAGUGCAGUGGACAUAUUCUCAGCUGGAUGUGUGUUUUAUUAUGUGACGUCCAAAGGACAGCAUCCGUUUGGUGACACUCUGCGGCGUCAAGCUAAUAUCCUCUCUGGAGUCUAUAACCUGGAUCACUUUUUGGAGGAUAUACAUGAGGAUGUGAUUGGCAGAGAUCUGAUUGAGCGGAUGAUCAGUGCUGAACCAGAAACCCGUCCUUCAGCAGCGUCUGUCCUCAAACAUCCCUUCUUCUGGAGCCCAGAGAAACAACUGCAGUUCUUUCAGGAUGUCAGUGACAGAAUAGAGAAGGAGCCGGCAGACAGUGCUAUAGUGGCCCGUCUGGAGAACUCCGGCAGAUCUGUCGUAAGAACCAACUGGAGGAUGCACAUAUCAGCACCACUGCAGGCUGAUCUUAGAAAAUUUCGCACAUAUAAAGGAAACUCUGUGAGAGACCUACUUAGAGCAAUGAGAAAUAAAAAACAUCAUUAUCAUGAGCUCCCACCAGAGGUUCAGACAGCUCUUGGUGAAGUCCCUGAUGGCUUUGUGGUAUAUUUUACCUCCCGUUUCCCCCGGUUACUGCUUCACACGCAUUCAGCGCUUAGCAUUUGUGCCCCCGAGAGACUCUUUCACCCAUACUACCACCACUGAACAUCCACAGAGACAUGCUUGUUUGUUCCUACACUGGACUGAAGAGGAAAAGUAAGAUCCUUGAGGACUCAACUAAACACUGUCGAUGUAUAAUUCUGUACUUCAGAACUGUGAACACAUUUCGUUGUAGAGCACCACUGAAAAUUUUCUCCUAAACAUCCUACUGGACUUCCUGAACGAAAUUUCAAGUUUUUUAUGCUUUUACAGAAACAGGUUUUAUAGGUUAGAUUAACCAAACAAGUUACUGAGUGUAUUAAUGGGCUUUUACAGAGCUGCCAUUGUUUGCUGCUGGUUUUAUCAUGUCAACCAAAUAGCAAAGAAAUAAAAAGGCCAUAUUUUCUGACGAGUUGACAUCAGCCAGUAGAUUGGCACAUGUUCUACCAUUUCUGUUAGUUUUGUUUAUUUUAAUUCUGACUUUUAACAAACAAGAUUACUGAAUCGCCAACUGACUACUUAUAUUCUUAAUAGGUAGAAAGUUAAGUAUUUUCAUAAUAGAGACAUGGUUUCUUAAAGGAAUAGUUCACCACAAAAGUUUCAAAAAGGGGUGAAAAAAAGUAUCAUCAAUGUGGUCCAUCUUGUGCAGGAUUUUCAUAUUCAAUAACUUUGUGUGAGAAACAAAUAAUGAAAUUUUGGUGAACUAUACCUUUAGCAAAGGUUACAUGCUUAAAGAAUGAUAAAUGUAUAUGACGAUAUUUUAAUUAGUGGACUCAAAACAAAAAGAAAAAAUACUAGUUUGUCUGUCAUAUUGUACACCACGUGUACAUGUAUAUGUAUUUGUGUGAUUCAGAUACGUUGGGACUGGGAUUGGGAUUUUUUCUUUUGAUUUUGCUUUGUGUGGUUUUAAUUGCAGCUUUGUGCUACAUAUCUGGAUCUUUUAUCCUUCACCACUCAUCGCAGCUUCAUCCUCAUCUCUCAGUGUUACAGCUUUAAAACCAAAUAUUGUGAAGUGUUUUACAGCCUGCUGUACACUAGUUUUAUACUGCUAGUUUAAAAAAAUGUCUUUUUAUAAAUUAAGUGUUGAGGAUUUUUGCUACUGGAAAUAUUCACUGAAUAUGGAAAUACUAGUGCCUUUGUUUUUCUACCCAGUGAAGAUUAAAUGUAUUUGCCAAAAAAAAUCUUUGAAACUAUUUGUGGCACAGAUCAAAAACUGUUAUACUUGAUUGAUGAAUGUUGUUAUGGAUUUCCAUUGCACAAAAUACUGAUUGUUUCAGGUGGUAUUGACAUACUGUGUUAAUUACAAGUUACUUCAAAAACGCCGUGGUAUUACCAUUAUCUAUGUACAAAAAUGUGGUAGUACCAUGGUACUUUUUUGUGCCAUUUUAUUACAGCAUUUACAACAGGAUACUAGUCAAGCACACGUAACUACAUGAAAAAUGUUUUAAAACUAAAAAUGAAACCUUUUUAUACUUAUUUUGUGCCCUGCAAAACACUUUGGACAGUGAUAUAAUCUUGUUUUUUGUUUUGAGAUUAAAACAAAAACAAAACAAAAAACCCUAAAUAAACUGUACCUUUAAGCAUUUGACUGCAUUUCUCUACAUUUUCACGGCCGUUGAGUCUAGGUAUGUUCUGUUGUAGGUUGCUGAAAGAAAUCCAUGAUAAAUCAAUCAUGUAGUCCAUUAUGUUGUGGCAAACUGUUAUCGUGCAAUUGCACUAAAUGUUUAAAUCAUUUGUUAGCUUUGUGAUGGCCUUGUGCUUUGUGAUUAAUACAAGUGGUCUUCUCGGUGACAGAUGCAAAUGGCAAGCUCAAAAACAAAAUUAAACAAGAUUUGUUGAUGUGCACAGUGGCAAUGUAAAUAAACACUACCAAAGACGACAUUAAAGUGACACUUCAUUAAGAUGAAGUGAAGCAAGUACCUGUAAUCUUCCUCAUGGUUUUCAACCAAACAUUGUCGUAUUUGCACAUGCUGUUUUAAUGUAGCAUACGCUUCCUUUAAUACAGA